AUGAAUCACGCGUGUCAUUUCAGUCCUCCGGUGUCGUGGAUUGUUGUCCGUAACAAAUAUAAACUUGUGAAAUAACAACUAACCUGUGAUUAGCUUGACUCGUGAGGCGGAUCCGCGUGUUUAUUUUAAUUUCUCUUCCCCCGCCGCGCGACUAAAUGGUUCAGUCUACUCUGCCGCGAGCUGUUUUUUCAUCCGCUGCCGCCGCUGAACGGACCUUAUGAACGGAGCCGCUCACUAUUUUUACGGUUUACGACGCGAGGAAAAAUCGCACGCUUGACGUGUCCUCGCUGCGGCGAUCCACGCGUAUUUGGCGUUUUCAUCACGCGGGUAACUAGUUGGGUUUUCACGCGCUUGGUCCGGUCGUGUAACAGCGAUAGAGGAGCAGAGUGACGGUGUGUCGAGUCCCAUGUUGCAGCCGAACCACGACGAACAUGCGCGCGCUAAAGAUCCGGUGAAGUACGGUGAACUGGUGAUCCUCGGGUAUAAUGGCUCACUGCCAGGCGGAGAUCACGGCCGGAAAAGGAGCCGCUUUGCUCUUUUCAGGAGGGCAAAAGCAAACGGCGUCAAGCCGAGCGCUGUGCACAUCCUCAGCAAUCCACACGACAGCAAGGCGGUUAACAGCAGGGGUCAGCACAGCAUCUCAUUUACUCUCUCCAGGAAUCAGACGGUGGUGGUGGAAUAUUGUCAUGACAACAACACUGAUAUGUUUCAGAUUGGACGCUCUACAGAGAGCCCUAUAGAUUUCGUGGUGACGGAUACACCCGGCGGAUCAAAGGAGACCGAAGAAUCUUCAUCUGCACCCAGCACCAUCUCCCGCUUCGCCUGCAGGGUGGUGUGUGACCGAAACCCACCGUAUACCGCUCGAAUAUAUGCUGCUGGCUUUGAUUCCUCCAAAAACAUCUUCCUUGGGGAAAAAGCUACAAAAUGGAAGAAUCCGGAUGGUCACAUGGAUGGACUUACGACCAAUGGGGUGCUUGUAAUGCAUCCUCAGGGUUUCCCUGAAGAACCCAGGCAGGGCCUAUGGAGAGAGAUAUCAGUCUGCGGACACGUCUACGCCCUCCGAGAGACCCGAUCCGGUCCUAUCCGUGGACAGCUGGCUCAAGGAGAAAGCAGCGCGCUGCAGGACGGCUCUCUGGUGGAUCUAUGCGGUGCCACGCUCCUGUGGCGCACCGCCGAAGGUCUGCUGAAAGCUCCAACCCUGAGACACCUGGACGCCCUCCGUCUGGAGCUGAACGCCGCUCGGCCGCAGUGUCCCGUGGGUCUGAGCACGCUGGCCUUCCCCAGCCUCCCUCGCAGUCACAGUCUGGAGGAGCGUCAGCCGUGGGCUUACCUGUCCUGCGGUCACGUUCACGGCAGACACGACUGGGGCCAGCGACCCGAACGUCACAGGGAACGAGAAGAGGGAUCAUGCGGAGGCACCGGCGGCCGUCGGGAGUGCCCUCUCUGUCGCACGGUCGGCCCUUACGUUCCUCUGUGGUUGGGCUGCGAGCCCGCCUUCUACGUGGACGCCGGCGCUCCCACUCACGCCUUCGUGCCCUGCGGUCACGUGUGCUCGGAGAAGACGGUCAGGUAUUGGGCGGAGACGUCGCUGCCUCACGGGACCCACGCCUUCCGACCCACGUGUCCUUUCUGCUCGGCCCCGUUGUCGGGUGGUCCCGGUUACACGCGUCUCAUUUUCCAGGGUCCCAUCGAUUGAUAAGGUGGCCGAAUGAGGGGAGGAGUGGGGCUUUAGUUUCGUCAGGAGCUGCAUUCCUGACUGCGAUGUUUACGCAGAUGUGUCGUUUCUGUUAUGCGCGCAAUUCUCUCACCAUUGGUGAGUUAUGCUGCCUUCAAGUCAAAAUGACCCAAUGUAUGAGAUGAGCGGUAGCAUGUUACCGUGCACGGUAGCAUUCUCCUCGAGUGCUAACAUCUUGUGAAAGCAAACAGGUCCCAGGAAAAUUCCUAUACCAAUAUAUAAAUCCAAAUCAUUUCAAAAUGUAAAUGUUAUGCAAGUCCUCAAAAAAGUCCUCAGUAUUUUUAAAAGCGUGACAGUAAUUCAGCUGUAACAGUAACGGUGCUUUCUGAUGAUUUUUUGCCUCAUCAGGCAGUAGUUUGGAAGUGCCUGUAAUUCACAUUUACAGUUUCUUUGAAAUAUUAGAAUAUUGAAAUAAAUGGCCAUUGUUAAUAUGUGACCCGUGCUGGCAAAUUGAGUCGAAAUCAGCAAAUAUUUAAAAAUGACUUAUUUAUAUUUUGACAUUCUCUAUUAAACAAACUUGUAAUGUAAUGUAAGGAUCUAAUAUAUUCUUACACAUCAGAUCCCCAACAGUUAAUCAAACAUAGAGAUGAUAACUCGCGUCAUCGUUUACUUUGGGGUUAAUGACUUUUGUAUAUCAUUAACAUGAACUAACACGUACACACCAAAGAAAAGUUAAAAUCAUGAACCGGACAAUAGGUGCUCUUUAAAACUGUAAUUCUGUGUAGAUGUCUAUAUAUCUGUUUGCAUGCUUCAGAUCUGUCAGUCAACGUGAGGAAGAUCAUUUUUGCGUCUAAUAUCUCCUAAUAACUCUUUUAACAUCAAUCAGGGUGCAAACUUUAUUUUCUAAUUCCUGCAAGUUUUAAAACCUCAAAAUCUCAGACGUGCAAGUGGAUGGAGACCAUCUUUGUAUUAGACUAAGCAUUUAGGACGAUACACCAACUAGUAAACAUAAAUAAAGAUCAUUUUAGAUGUUUAAUGACUCUUUAGAGCAUUAAGAUCACUAGAUGAGGGCUUUAUGUACUUAUUUUUAUCAAAACCUCAAAUCAAAAUGAAUACUUUCUUUUGCCUGUAGCUGAAAAUUAGACCGAGUGAAUUCAGACUCAUUUUGCCAGCACGGGUCACAAAUGUUUAUUUUGUUUACUAAUUAUUCAAAUAUUUUUAGUAUGAUUAAUUGUAUUUAGUGUAGCAUCGUGAUCUGUUCUUCAAAUCCACUUUUUUGUUUUUGUGCCAAAUAAGUUUUGCUUUGAUUAAUGAUUCUGAUCUGAAACUGGUUUAAGUCCCUUUUGAGUAGUUAGUUAUUAACUUAUUCUAACUAAAUACUUUAGAAACUUGACUGUAGUUUUCCCAGCGCUGUGAUUGGUUGUAUUGAUGUUCACUGAAGAAUGCGCUCUCUUGUGCUCAUUGUUUUAAAGCCAUCAGUCGUUUUUAUCUUAUUUAUUUCAUUCCAAUUACAAUCAAUGAACUUCAGAAGAUGACUUGAAGGCAGCAUGUGUUUUAUAGGGACACUUCACCCAAAAAUAACAAAAAUCUGUCAUCAUUUACUCAGUCUUGUGUUGUGCUAAACCUAAAUGGGAAGCACAUAGUUGAUGGUAUCCAUUGACGUCCAUAGUAGGAAUAACAAAUCAGUAGAUGCCAUCAGCUGUGUGCUUACCGUCAUUUAUACAAAUAUCUUCUUUUGUAGAGUAAAGAAACUCAUACAGGUUUAAAUAAACAUGAGGGUGAAGAAAUGACGACAGAAUUGUUAUUUUUGGAUGACCUUUAACUUCAGCCUUUAACCGUUUCCAAAGAAAUCCAGUAUUGUGCCGUAACCACCAUCACAUGUGGAAUCAGACGAAUGGGAUGGUUUGAAAUCGCUGCCUCCUUUCCGCCCCUCUACGGCCGCCUUGACAUAAGUACAUGAGACUGAACCCAUCUCACACUAGAAACACAAACACACACUACACUAGUACGUUUAAAAUCCUUUAGAUGACUUGAUUUCUAGCAAUAAAUCGUAUGGAAUGAAGCUAUUAGAUAACACUAGAGAAAUGCAAACGGUUGGAGCCAUGUGCUUCCUAUAGCUUAUCUUAAACAUGGCCUUCACAUGAAGAGCUUACAGCUCAACAGUUCUUUUAGCCCUUGGGAUUUUCUUUUUUUAUUCUUUCACUUUUCUUUCUUUCUUUUUUUAGAUUAUUUUAGCAUUUAAAUGACGAGUCGAUGUUGGCGUAUGUAUCGUAGUCGUUUGAAAUGAUGUCAUAUUUUUCUACAUGACUGUGUUACUAAACUUUUGACCCAAGGUCAGAUUGUUUUAUAUACGGUGUAUAACAGUAUAUAGAUUAUAUAAAUAUAUAUAUAAAUAUAUAUUAUUUUAUGUACAUGAUAUGUUUGGAGUCCGGGAGAUCUUACUGGAAAUGACGUAAUGACUCUCACUGUGCUCAAUCCAAGAAGAAGAAGAAGAUGAUGAUGAUGAUGAUGGAGGCCAGUAUUCGAUCUUAUGAUGACCAAUCUGAUGAAUGUACAAUUCCAGUGCUUGCUUUCUCUGAUCCUCCUGGUGCUAGCGUUCAUUUCAAAUAUUUUAAAGCUGAACUUCACUACACUCCUGUAAAGUAUUGGAUUGUCUCACUUGAUAAAGGUCGCUAGUAAGACUUUCUUUCAUCAGUGAGGCGGGUAUAUAGACGGGUGUAUAAUGUUUUUUUGGCGUAUCACACACACACAUACACGCGUAUGCCUGCACAUUCACACUGUGCACAUCUCAAUGUUAUAACUGAAGCACUUGACUAAGCUUUGUAUUGCAGGGUUAGAAAACGCUCAACUUUACCUCACGAGCUUUAGAUGAGACCUCAGUUGAAGACCUGAUUAUUUUUUUAUUGAAGGAAAGAUUGACCAUAAGCAGUUGGGAUGAUUUUUUUUGUCUUUUCUAAAGUAUGUACUGUUCCCUGGACAUCAGCAGAAGAUUGGGUGUGCGGGGCUUUGCUGUAUCCAUCCAAACCUGUACGCUGGGUUUUAUUUCCCGGUGAAAUUCACCAUCGCACCCGUGAGCAUCGUGUCCCAGGCGGUUUGGAAAGAGACACAUGGUCAGUUUCUGUGUGAUCUGUUACUCUUCUGCACAUUGAUCUGGUGUUAUAGACACAUCAUUAUAAUCUAUGCUUUAAUGAGACGUCUUGUACUGUAACUGUGUGGCGUUAGAGUCUUCCAGACAACCUCCAGAUAAUGCUGUUCAAGUCCCAUUCUUGAUCUGGGAACAGGUCACCUCAGGUUUACACGAGUCAAAGUUUACAAACGUACCACCACCAGGGUCCGUUAGCCGAGUGUCCAGCGCGUGUGCCUGUAUGGCGUUCCUUCAGAUUUUUGGUCUGAGAAAUGACACACUGGAUCUGUUGACUUCAUCCUGACGGUCUUUUGUAUAUUCUUCACACACUGGAUGCUUUCAAUCUCUAUUAAAAGAAAGAAAAGCCUUGGAUUGGGGUUGAUGAUUGAAAUGUGAUCUGUUGAGUGUUGUCAGAUUUGUGUUCAAUAUGAAUGAGAUGUGAAACUACUGCACCUUGUGUUUGAUUCAUUUAAUAAACCUCUUAAUCAGACUCAAACCUCCAGACUUUAGCGGCACUGCCACACUGCACGACCGACCGCUCGUCCAAACACAUCACGAGACAAACCCAAGGUGCACUGACAAUCACAUAACAUGAAUAAAAGUGAUCUUUUUCCAAAUAAAUACAGACUCGGCUUUGUUUAUUUCUCCUUACGUUAUUCAUAUUUCGAUCUUUGCGGGAAGAUGUUCUUGAAAGAGGUGAUGGUGGAUUUGUCCAUGCGAAUGAUCUCUGUGACAAACAAAACAUUGAAAUGAAUUUUGGGUUUUAUUCUGAAAACAGUAUUGAGCCCUGCUGAAAACCAGCAUGGGUGUUAUGCUGGUUUAGCUGGUGGUCACCAGCACCAAAACACACCAUAUGCUGGUCUUGCUGGUAUGACCAGCAUGGAAUGCUGUUGCUAAUGCUGGUUUGGUGCUGGUUUAGCUGGUGUUCACUAGCAAACCAGCACCAAAACACAACAUAUGCUGGUAUGCUGUUUUUUUCAGCAGGGAGGUGAUAAAGUCUGAACUUUAUAGAUUCAUGUGAAUGAUCUGAAUACUCUUACAGCUCAACAUGAAAGAGCUUUAGCGAAACAUUUUACUAAUUAAUAAUAAUACAUUAAUUAAAGGGGACAGAGAAUGAAAAAAAAACAUUUUUACCUUGUCUUUGUUGAAUAAUGGUA